UCUACAAUGAUGGGCAAAUGAAUAAAGAACAAUUAUAAAACCAAGAAAAUAUUGAGUACAAUGUUAGAAUGGCUAUCAUCUCCCAUUGCAGUGUUUCAUUAAUUCGUUUUAUUUCCUAUACCUCAUUCACUGUGCAAAAUUACGUUCAGUAACAAUUUCCUUCUUUAGAAAGAAACAAAAAAAACAAUUGAUAAUCCCACAUUUAUGAUAUCACGUGCAAAUUCCCUAGAAAGCAGUGGUACAGACACGUUCAAGCUUAGGGGGAAAACAAGAUGCAUAAAUAAAUCACUGAUUCAAUUGUGAUGCUGUUUGAAAAAGUAAGACAGGAAUCUGGGAAUUUGAACGUGAAAUUUUUAUUGCAUUUGAGAUGUCUGAAUGUUGACUGUAUUAUUAUCCCUUGUCUUCUCAGAAACCAACCCGGUACAAAUCGGCACAACAGCUCUCACAGGCCCAGCUCCACAAGCGGCCCAGGCUAGCAUCUGGGGACCAGAUGACGUUUACGUGAAGAAGGGCAGCACGAUCAGCCUCACGUGCUCCGUCAACGUGCACUCGAGCCCGCCUGGUUCCGUCCUCUGGUAUCAGGGUUCGAGCGCCGUGGACUUCGACUCUCCGAGAGGCGGGAUUUCCCUGGAUACGGAAAAGACGGCGUCCGGGACGACGAGCAAACUCCUGGUCACAAAGGCAUCACUAUCUGACUCCGGAAACUACACUUGCGUACCUUCAAAUGCCAACCCUGCGUCUGUCUAUGUUCACGUUCUCAACGCCGGUGAGUAUCCAGCGGCAAUGCAGCACGGAGAACACGGUUCAGCAUCAGUCUACAGCAUCUGCCUCCCGCUAUUAGUCAUCGUCCUCAGCGCCGCCAUCAGGUGAUGGUGAUUUUAGUACUCGUCGGCCAAGAAAUACGUGUUCCCAUCGGAUAUUCUCACCCGGAGCAAAUUCGUUUUGUAUAAUUUGCCAUGUUGAAAAUUAAUCUGUAGCCCUUUUUGCGGCCAGUCCGUUUUUGAAACCGAUUCACAUGUUGGAAUAGACUUUCUAUGUGUUUACAUUUUCACUAAGGAGUGUUAGUGUAUCUGUUUUAAUGAAAUACUCAACGUUUUUUAGUCUUUUAUUUGUAAACUCAUUCUAAUUUUUUUAAAUUCGAUUAAAAGAUUGAAACAACUUUGCCCAGAUAAAAUAAUUUUUUUUAGAUAUAAAUAAUUGAAUGAAAAAUAAUUGGAAGCAAAGUGUAAAAAGUGUAAAGAUUGUAUAAAAAAGCACUGCUGUUCUUUUAUUUACUUAUUUAUUUUUAAAGACAUAACUGAUAUAGUGGAAAGAACGUAAUAUAAUGACUAUUUGUACAUAAAAUUAUAAAUAUAUACAUAAAAUUAAGUAUAAUUUAGCAUUAUGAUUUCUGAUGUAGGGAUAUGGUUGUGAAUGGUCAAGAGUCAGAACAAAAGGCCUAUUGGUUCUUUGUUGAUAUAUUAUAAAUGUUUAUUUAUUCUUUACAUAGUUAUAUAAGAGCCCCAAUGUAUAUUCACUAAGCCACUGUUUACAUGUAAAUUUUUAAACUAUCACUAAUUUUCACUUAUUCGUUAUCUCUUUUCGGCUCUAAAUGUGCGGUCGAUUCUUUAUUGUAUGAAAAAUAAUUUAAAAAACAAAAAAAAACUUUUUUUUUUCAUUUAUUCAUUUGAGACAAAGACCUUUUGUGUAAAAUAUAUGUAUGUAAUAUAUGGUGAUCGUAAGUAUAAUAAAUAAAAUGCCCACAACUUAGCAGUUUAUAUUAGAUAACCCGACAUUUAGGCAUGACGAAUCUGCAUUGGGUUGUUGAAAUAAUCUUAUGUAAAUAAACUGUCAUGUGUAACAAUCAGUAGCUAUACGUAUGAACAAAAAAUAUAUACGUGGUAUCAUUAUACCCCUUGUAAUAAUAUUACGAUGA